AACGGGACACCUACGGUCGUGUGCAGAAGGCCUAAUUCGUAUGUUUGCAUAACUGUAGAAAAACCAGCUAAUAAAUCCUCUGAAUGGAUAGCCAGACAUAUACAAUUUCGUACUUUGCCUAUUGACUCCUGUUGGAUGUCUUUUUGUGGAUCCAUCCCAUGCUGGUCAUACUGGUGCGCAUGAACAGCUCAUAUUAGUGAAGCACUGAAUCAUGAAGUCCACCGCUCUGUUUAUGGCCAAGGCCAACAUCGUGUCUCUGACCAUACUUUUACUACAACUCUCGGAUUGUGUGGGGCAGGAUUACCCUUUCAUGAACCCCUCGCUGCCAUGGGACGUACGUGUGAAGGACCUGAUCAGUCGGCUAAGCCUUGAAGAAAUGGUGCUACAGAUGGCGAGAGGUGGCGCAUUGAAGAAUGGUCCUGCGCCCCCAAUCCCUCAUCUAGGCAUCAAGCCUUAUAACUGGAACACAGAGUGUUUGAGGGGAGAUGCCCAAGCACCAGGUUACGCCACGUCUUACCCUCAGGCUAUAGGUCUGGCUGCAUCAUUCAGCCCUGAAUUGAUAUUAAAGGUGGCAAAUGCCACGGCCACUGAGGUCAGAGCGAAACAUAACUACUUCAUGUCGGUCGGGAACUAUGAAGACCACACUGGACUCAGCUGCUUCAGUCCUGUGAUAAACAUCAUGAGACAUCCUCUGUGGGGCAGGAAUCAGGAAACAUAUGGAGAAGAUCCAUACCUUAGUGGACUUCUGGCAGCCGCUUUUGUAAAAGGACUGCAGGGAGACCAUCCCCGAUAUAUCAAAGCCAAUGCCGGCUGCAAACACUUUGAUGUCCAUGGUGGGCCUGAAAAUAUCCCUGUUUCCAGGUUUAGUUUUGAUGCCAAGGUGGAGGAGAGAGACUGGCGAAUGACAUUUUUACCACAAUUCCAGGCUUGUGUUGAAGCCGGGACCUUCAGCAUUAUGUGCAGUUAUAACAGAGUAAAUGGAAUUCCAGCUUGUGCUAAUAAAAAGCUGUUGACAGACAUCCUUCGCUCAGAGUGGGGCUUUAAUGGCUAUGUUGUAAGUGAUGAGGGUGCAAUUGAAUUUAUCAUGGUAGCACACCAGUACACCAGCAGCUUUCUGGAAACUGCUAUUGCCUCUGUGAACUCUGGAUGCAAUUUGGAGCUAUCUGUCAGUUUGAUAGACAAUGUUUUCAUGAGAAUAAAGGAUGCAGUAAAUUUGGGCAACAUCACACUGGAGACUGUGAAAGAACGUCUGUACCCACUCUUCUACACCAGAAUGCGGUUGGGAGAAUUUGAUCCUCCAGAUAUGAAUCCCUACAGUGCCUUAGACCUUAGUUCUGUUCAGAGUCAAGAACAUAGAGACCUUUCUGUGGAGGCUGCUGUUAAGAGCUUUGUCCUGCUGAAGAACCUAGGGGACACUUUGCCCAUGGACUUGCAGAGCAUUAAAGGGAAGAAAUUUGGGGUAAUUGGUCCAUUUGCUGAUAAUGCAGAUGGGCUUUUUGGAGACUAUGAGCCACAUCCAGAUCCUCAAUAUAUUUCCACGCCCAGAGAUGGCAUUGCAAAGCUUCCAGUGGAAGUCAGCUUUGCUGCAGGAUGCAGCGAUGCACAGUGUAAAACAUACUCCUCCAAAGAGAUUAAAUCAUUGGUCGAGACUGUUGACAUAACCAUUGUAUGCCUUGGGACCGGUAUAACUGUAGAAAUGGAGGGUAAAGACCGAGUGAAUCUGUCACUUCCUGGUUUCCAGGCUACAUUACUGAAAGAUGCUGUUGAUUCAGCGGCAGGCCGUCCACUUGUCUUGUUGCUGUUUAAUGCCGGACCUCUGGAUACUUCUUGGGCUCAGAACAGUACUGGUGUCCACACUAUCUUGGAGUGUUUUUUCCCUGCCCAAGCUGCAGGAACUGCACUUGCUAAAAUCUUAGUAGGAACAGAAGGAGCUAAUCCAGCUGGCAGGCUUCCAGCCACAUGGCCUGCGGGCAUGGAACAGGUGCCAGCAAUGGAGAACUACACCAUGUAUGGGCGGACAUACCGCUAUUAUGGGAACCAGGUUCCUCUUUACCCCUUUGGAUAUGGACUUUCCUAUACCACAUUUCAGUACAGUGAUUUGGUGGUGACCCCAAGCAUCCUUUAUAUGUGUGAAACCCUUGAUUUGUCCGUGCAGGUGAAAAAUUCAGGUUUAAGAACUGGAGAUGAGGUGAUACAAGUGUACAUGAGUUGGACAAAUGCAUCUGUGCCAGUGCCACGCUGGCAAUUAGUAGGUGUUCAACGAGUAACAAUCCCUCUGAGUGGAUCUGUUAAGGCUUCUCUGUCAGUUUUGCCUCGACAGCGAGCAGUUUGGACAAAUCAUUGGAUUCUUGAACCAGGAAAAUUCAGCAUUUAUGUUGGCGGUCAGCAACCAUUUCAAGUAACGAAAGUGCCAUCUAAUGUUUUGCAGGCUAGUUUUACAGUCAAGGGUGAAGCACGCCCUUUAAAUACAUGCUGAAUAGACACUUUCCUCUUUGUCCACCAGAUGGGGCUAUACUACUUUCUCCAGUUAAAGGGGUUGUCAGAGUUAUUUUUUUGUUCUUUGUAUGUUUCUAAUCAAAUUUAAAGGCUUGACCAUGCACUUACUGCAUCUACAGUUGCUGC